GUAAACGAAUUACGAAAAGCAAGAAAAGAAAUUUAUUAUUGUGAAAAAUGCAAUGAUGCCGUUCGAAUACCCCACAUCGAUGCAGUUAUUGGGCCAUUAACGGUUUCAAAUUUUCGAAAGCCAACAAAUCUUUUUAAAGCGAUUACCGAUGAUGACUGUGAAGCUCAAUAUUGGUUCAGUGAAAAUUCAUUAAAAUUGAUAACAAAAACGUUAGUGGAAAGUGGUUUUGAUGGUAUUCUUUGCAUAGGCACACCAACUGUUUUCGAAUAUUUUCAAAGCAGUCUGCAGUUGCGCCGAUCCAUUAGAUCAUUUCUUCUUGAUUUUGAUUCGCGUUUUGUUAGUUAUAUUCAAUUACUUUAUUAUUUCCGCAGAAUCCGGUAA